GUUGCAAAGUUAGUCCCCCACGCCCAACAAAGGUUCUCCCCAACAAAUGGAGGCGCUCGUGCUGCGGCGUCUUGGUGACCCCACGGUGGCCCCCGGCGAGGAGGCCUCCCCGUUCGCCGCCGUCUCCGGGGACCACCCGGUGCCGGAGCUCUCGUCGCCGACGGCCGUCCGGGUGCGCGUCGCGGCGACCAGCCUCAACUUCGCCACGUUCCUCCAAGUGCAGGGUAAAUACCAGGAGCGGCCCCCGCUGCCGUUCGUGCCCGGCUCCGACUACGCCGGCGUCGUCGACGCCGUCGGGCCCGGGGUCCGAGGGCUACGCCCCGGCGACCGCGUCUGCUCCUUCGCAGGCCUCGGGUCCUUCGCCGAUUUCAUCAUUGCUGAGGAGAACCAGCUAUUUUUAGUGCCUGAUGGAUGUGAUCUGGUCGCUGCUGGGGCUUUACCUGUUGCAUUUGGCACAUCACAUUUGUCCCUUGUUCACAGAGCUCAACUGAAGGCCGGCCAGGUGCUACUUGUUCUUGGUGCUGCUGGUGGUGUCGGGGUAUCUGCUGUGCAAAUAGGAAAAGUUUGUGGUGCUGUCGUUAUUGCUGUUGCUAGGGGGAUUGAGAAAUUGCAAUAUCUCAAGUCCAUAGGAGCCGAUCAUGUAAUUGACUCAAGCAAGGAUAAUGUUGUAGGAAGUGCCAAGUCCGUCUUAAAGGCUAGAGGCCUGAAAGGUGUUGAUGUUUUAUAUGAUCCUGUUGGGGGGAAACUUACUCAAGAUAGCUUCAAACUUCUCAAUUGGGGUGCGCACAUUCUGGUCAUUGGAUUUGCCAGUGGUGAUGUACCAGUUAUUCGAGCGAAUAUUGCUCUUGUUAAGAACUGGACAAUUCAUGGUCUGUACUGGGGAAGCUACUUAACUCAUCAGCCACGAGUGCUUAUUGACUCCCUCAAUGAACUCUUGUCAUGGCUCUCAAAGGGUCUGAUAACAGUUCAAAUUUCACACCGCUACAGGCUUGCUGAGGCCCAUCUCGCUUUUGCUGCCCUAAGAGAUAGGAAGGCAGUUGGCAAAGUCAUGAUUACAAUGGGCUCGUCAGCAAAAUCAAGGCUCUGAUAUCCUUCCGAAAUGCUUCUGUACAAGAUCACGAGACAUCUGCUGUGAAUCUCUUAUAUCAAUUGUAGGACACAAGAUUAUCUGAGACUGUAGUAGUUUCCCUGUCCAAAAUGUUUGUGUACAAUAUCGACAAAAGCAAUCCUAGAAAUAAGCAGUUUAUCUGCAGACACAUCUGAUGGGAAAUACCUAUAUGAUGCCAGUGUUGUGAGUAUUGGCAGGUAAAAUGAAUACAAUCUGAAUAAUCAGCAUCUAGGUUACAGCUGGAGAGGAAGUACACAUUUUACCAUGGAUUAUCUUUCUCAUUUCUGUUAUAUUGCAUGCCUCCUGUUGUUGGUCA